CUGCUGUAUGUUUUGCAAAACUAACAAAGUUUUACAGAAAAGGAAAAGACAAUGGCUUCAUAUCUAGUUCUUCUUCAAAGAGUUUUGCUCAGUUUAUUUCUUUUAUCAGGUGUAAUAAAAUUCUCUGAGUCUGCUAGAGUUUUCACCAUAAUAAACCAUUGUAAAGAGACGAUUUGGCCAGGUGUUUUCCCAGGGGACAACUUCAACGAUGGUGGAUUUACUCUAAAACCGGGUCAAUCCAUGAUUUUCACUGCACCUGUUGGUUUUCAAGGCAGAAUUUGGGGUAGAACAGGUUGCAAUUUUGACAAAAACGGUAAGGGGUCAUGCCAAACGGGUGAUUGUGGUCCAUCUCUCAAAUGUUCGGGUACGGGAAAAACCCCGGCUUCACUUGCCGAAUUUACCCUUGCUUCACUCGAUUUUUACGAUGUUAGUCUUGUCGAUGGAUUUAACGUGCCAAUAAGCGUUACACCACUUAAUGGUAAAGGAAAUUGUAGUGUUGCUGGUUGUAAUGGUGAUUUAAGAGACAAUUGCCCCAAGGAACUUGCUGUUAAGAAAAAUGGAAAAGUUGUUGCAUGUAGGAGUGCUUGUGAUGUCUUUAACACAGAUGAGUAUUGUUGUAGGGGUAAUUAUGGAAAUCCAACGACUUGUCAACCUACGUUUUAUUCCAAGAAAUUCAAGGAAGUUUGUCCCGCUGCUUAUAGUUAUGCAUAUGAUGAUCCAACUAGCAUUUUUACAUGCUCAGGGACCGACUAUGUUAUUGGCUUUUGCACCUCAAGGAAAAAACAAGUAUGCUCAUACCAUGAUCACAAGCUGGUCUGCAGUGGAUCAGACAGUUUAAGAUCAUCGAUAAGCAAUUUGUGGAUGAUAAUUCUUGGAUUAACCCUCAUUGCCAAUUUGAAGAUCAUCUUAUAAUAUGUAUAAAGGGAAUUCUUUUGAUUUUUUUCUGGGAAAGUUAUUCGGGUUUACACUUUUUUUUCCGUUAAAAACUGUUGUUGCAUAGUUCAUGUUAUUUCUUUGUUAUUAAUUUCCGGGCACGCUCUUUGCGCCUAUACCCAUGCUAAUGAGUGUACAAUUUUAAAAAUCAUUUAUAUUAUUAAACAAUCUGUUUGGUUAUAUAAUAAAAGAAAGAAAAAAGUGUCUUAUUGUGAUUUC